AUGGAUAGAUUUUGGGGAGUUAUACCUUCUGGUGUACAAAAAUAUGAGGUUAGGAUUGGAAAUGAUGGAUAUGUUGUGGACCUUACCAAAAACACAUGUAGAUGUAGAUCUUGGCAAGUAUCAGGUAUCCCAUGUGAGCAUGCAGUGGAAACCAUUUUAUACCACAACAAGAAUGCAGAGGAUUAUGUUGCACCAUGGUUCCAUACAGCCAUGUUCUUGAUUUGUUACAACCAUACCAUUAAUCUACUUAAUGGUAGUUCCAUGUGGCUUGAAGCUCCCUACAUGAAGCCAUUGCCUCCUCAAAAAAGAAGGUUACCAGGAAGGCCAACCCUUAAAAGGAAAAUGGAUCAAUCUGAGAGGGAAAGCAAAGGGAAAAAAAGGCAUACUAGCUCAAAAGUAGGUACAGUUAAUAGAUGCACUAUUUGUAGAGAAAGGGGCCACAAUAGAUCAACAUGUCCUACUAGACUAGUAGAUGUAGCAUCCACUUCAAGGCCAAAAAACAAGAAACCUAAAAAAUUGGAUCCAGCUCAAGUGGAUCCAAUUGAAGUAAAUCCGGCUCCACAUGUUGAACCAGUUGAUGAUCCAUCUCAACAUGUUGAACCAGUUCAUGUAGAUGAUCCACAUCCAAAUGUUAAUGCCCAAGUAGAUGAUCAUUUAAUGAUGUCCCUGCUCAACCAGUUGCAACUAGGUAGAGGAUACGAAAAUACUCAAAAAAAAUUACCAACAUAG